CCCCAGAAUUCCGCCCACGCCCCGCCUUUCCGGGUAGCCAUGGCGGGGGUAACCGGUCGGCUGAUUCGGUGCUGGUGUCGGAGAGCGGUCUGGGGCUCCCUGAAGGUCCCGGCACUUCAUCUGCACGUGAGCAAAACAGCAAUGGAAGCCAGUCAGGAGGAUUUUGAGAAUGCGAUGAAUCAGGUAAAACUGUUGAAGGAGGACCCAGGAAAUGAAGUGAAGCUCAAACUCUAUGCACUCUAUAAGCAGGCCACUGAAGGAUCUUGUAAUACACCCAGACCGGGUGUGUUUGACUUGAUCAAUAAGGCCAAAUGGGAGGCAUGGAAUGCUCUUGGCAAUCUGCCCAAGGAAACGGCUAGGCAGAACUAUGUGGAUUUGGUGUCUGGUUUGAGUUCUUCGUCUGACUCCUCUAGCCAAGGGAAGCCUGAAGCAGACCAGAAACAAGCUGGAUACAAAACAGUGGUGAUGACCUCUGAAGACAGCAUCACAAAGAUCAUGUUGAACCGGCCUGCCAAAAAGAAUGCAUUGACCGAACAGAUGUAUCAAGAAAUCAUACUUGCACUUGAAGCCGCAAGCAAGGAUGACUCUGCCAUAACUGUUUUAACAGGAAACGGAGAUUAUUACUCUAGUGGAAAUGACCUGACUAAUUUCACUAAUAUUCCUCCUGAUGGUGUAGAGGCGAAAGCUAAAAAUAGUGCCAUUUUACUGAGGGAUUUUGUAGGCUCUUUCAUAGAUUUUCCUAAGCCUCUGGUUGCCGUGGUCAACGGUCCAGCUGUGGGAAUCUCCGUCACCAUUCUCGGGCUAUUUGAUCUUGUGUACGCAACCGACAGGGCAACAUUUCACACUCCUUUUAGUCACCUUGGCCAAACUCCAGAAGGUUGUUCCUCUUACACUUUUCCGAAGAUAAUGGGCCCAGCCAAGGCAGCAGAGAUGCUCAUUUUUGGGAAAAAGUUAACUGCUGGAGAAGCCUGUGCUCAAGGACUUGUUACUGAAGUUUUUCCUGAUAGCACCUUUCAGAAAGAAGUUUGGACCAGGCUGAAAGCAUAUUCAAAGCUCCCCCAGAAUGCCCUGCGUAUUUCGAAACAGAUCAUCAGAAGUCAGGAGAAGGAAAAGCUGCAUGCUAUUAACGCCAAAGAAAGCAGCAUCCUUCAGGAAAGAUGGCUGUCAAGCGAAUGCAUGAAUGCCAUCAUGAACUUCUUCUCCCAAAAAGCCAAGCUGUGAUGCCUGUUACAGCAGUGUUCUGCAUUUCAAAUGAAGGGAUGUGCUGUCAUUUCUGGUUUUCAAUACUUGAACUAAUAAACUGUGCCUUUUCUCAGCGCUAACA